UUCUGUCGUGAAUAUUUGAAAGUUUCUCUUUUAUUUUAUCUUAUCGUCCCAUUCCAUUUCCAUACCCUCGUCAUCGUCCCUGCAAAUCUCGUCGUUCUACUCUAGGGCAAACAGGCAAAUCUUGAUGCACGUAAUGAAGUCUAUGUUUCAAAGAAAACCUCCAAUUUUAUCCCUCAGACCCGAGUUUCAUUCACAAUGCUCCUACAAUAAUCCCCAGGUUGUCUGUAAUUCCAGUUCGACGAGGGAAGAGUUUAUGAUGAAAAUUUUGGAUCGAAGAUGGACAUUGAAGAAUCCAGACACCAAAGUUCACCAAAUAAACGUUUCUCGCUUACAAACACAACCCACUUCUAAACUACUUGGGAACGUUUCCUUUUCAAACAACUCACAUCCUUCGUUGGGUGAGAAUCUAACGGAAUGUCACAAUGAUCAGUCAUCAUUCUACAUUGUUCGUGAUGAUUUGUUGCAUCCAUUAGUGAAUGGUAACAAGGCCAGGAAACUGGAUGCAUUGCUUCCACUUAUUGAAGAUCAUUUAGGAACCGAUGUGGCCAUCUGGGAUUCUGCAAGUGAUGUCUUGAAGUUCAAUUACACCAUUUUUAUAGGUCACAUGUGGAGGUUGCCAAAGUGCACAUACUGCAGCUGUUGCUGUUUCUUGUGCAGAGAGAGGAUUAAAGGCACAUUUACUUUUACGUGGAGAACAACCUCAAAUUCUUACAGGCUACAAUUUGAUUUCCAUGUUAUAUGGAAAUGUCACAUAUGUUCCAAGAUCUGUAUAUGCUAAAAGGGAAGAAAUGCUGACAUCACAUGCUGAUUCAAUACCUGGGACUAUCAUACGCCUUGAUGAUUUACUCAAGGCUUCCUUUACAAACCACAAGUCAACAAAGUCAAACCUUGAUCAGCCUUCAAAUUCAAAGAAGAUAGUAGUUAUCAAUGAAGGUGCUGGAGAUGCCAUUGCAUUACCUGGCUUGAUUCGCCUUGUGAAAUACUUGUCACAAGAUCAUAUACUUGGAAAAAGUCAACCAAUAAAAAUUGUGGUGGAUUCAGGCACUGGAACAACAGCUGUUGGUUUAGGAAUUGGAGCCUUGUGUUUAGGACUUCCAUGGGAAAUAACUUCAGUGAUGCUUGCUGACACCAUUGAAGGAUACAGAAAACAUGAGGAACAUUUGAUAUCUGAGUUGUUUGGAUCCUCUGGCUUCCCUAUUAUUAUGCAUAAUGGACUUGUACAUUGGGUUGAACGUGAGCAUCCAAGAAAAUUUGGGAAUGUGUUGAAAGGGGAAAUAGAAGCAUGCCAACAGAUUGCUAAGGAAACGGGUGUUUUGGUGGAUCCAAUAUAUACAUUGGCUGCAUGGGAGCUUGCAAGUCAACUUAGUCAACAGGAAAAAAAAGGUGGUGCAAAAGUUGUGAUGCUUCACACUGGUGGGACACUUGGCAUGUUUGGAUUGGCUCAACGCUACAAGUCUUACUUCUAAUUUUCAACUACUUACUAAUAUCGGCAAUGUACUUUAUUUUUUAUCCAUACUUAUAUUUUUGUACCCAUAAGUACAUUGCUAUUACAUGUAAAAAGUAAACUAUGGUGCUUAUGUAGUUUCAUAUUUUUUGUUAACAUGUCUUAUUAGUUGAAACAUUGUUGGAUAAUUCGUGCAAGUUGCGUAAAUUGGAAAAAAACGAAACAUUGG